UUAAUAUUACAAAUAUUACGUUCGAAUUUUUCCAAUCACGUGAGUUUUUUUUUAACCGCCGAGCGCCUCGUCGGUAUCGCAGCUAACUUCACAGGAUGACAGCGGCGGAUUCGCGGCUGGCUGGCGUCUCUGGUGUAGCGUGAACACGGUGUGUGUGUAGUGGUGUGUGUCAUUUGCUGUUGCUGUCAUUCCUGACAGCUCAUCGGGAGCCAUCGGGAGCGAUCUCAGCGAUCUGUUUAAGCUCGACGAGUUUCCGGGAGUCCCGAACUAAAUUAUCAGUGUUAUGACGCGCGCUCGGGCGCGUCUGGCGUAGAAACCCAUCCGGCGGCAAUCGAACGAAAUAAUGGAGGCCGAGAACGAGGAGGUCGCGCAGCCCGCGACGUCGACGCCAACCGAGAACCAUAACCACAACAAACUUCGCAGACGGAACGUGCCCGAGUCGUCGGCCAAGACGACGGAUGACUCGGCGACGAGCGAUCGCGUGCCCCUCGUGAUCCUGCCCGAUUCCACGAGAGCGUGGCACGGCGGCGCCGUGCCGCGGAUACCGGACCCCGCCGACGUGGCCGCGAUCGCGGGCAAGCAGCGGAACGGCGUGCUAACUCACGAGGACGAUCGCGGCGCGACUACGGACGCCCUGACGAGCCGCGAGAGGAUGAAGAUGAGCGUCAUCCGCGGCAGCGUCGCCAAUCCGGAUCUCACGUUAGGAGAGCUAAGACUGCUCGGCUGCAGUAGCGAGGGCUUCGUUAAUGAUGAUGUACGAAGGGUACUGUGGCCGAAGCUUUUGCGACUGGCGCAACCGGAGCCCGCGCCUGUUGACGGACUAGAAACUGUACAUACUUAUAUACCAAACGAGAUUUACCAGCAGAUAUUGAAGGAUGUGGCGCGUAGCGGCAGUCAUAUCUCGCAGAGCGCAACGGAAAAGGAGACGGAAAGUUUCCAGGAGCAGUUAACUCAGCUUAUGUGCUGGGUACUUCAUAGACAUUCCCAUUUGAAUUACUACCAGGGAUACAAUGAUGUAGCGGCGACUGUGUUACUUGUGAUGGGAUUACAAGCGGGCUUACACGUGCUUGAAAGUAUCUCGCUAGAAUUCCUGGAAAGAUUCAUGGAAAAGACUAUGGAAAAAGUGAAUCAAGAAUUAUUCUUUAUAUUUGCGUUGCUGGAGAGAGUACACCCUACUCUUUUGGAACACUUAGAAAAUGUAGAACUGUUUCCACACUUUGCCUUGGCUGAGUACACAACAUGGUAUGCGCACAAGUAUGCGGAAAAUCGAAAAUUGUUACAUAGAUUGUUUGAUUUUUUCCUGGGUAGUCCCCCGCUCAUGCCUCUCUAUUUAAGUACAGUAAUAGUUGCACAUAGAGCUACAGAAAUUUUCAGUACCACACCUGACAUGGGGCACACACAUAAGGUGUUAUGUACGUUGCCCGACGACUUGCCAUUUGAAACCCUUAUGGUAGAAGCAAAGAACCUAUAUCGACAAUAUCCUCCUGAGUCUAUCAGUAACGAUGUCAGGGAUUAUGAUCAUAAGAGAAAAAUUAAAGAGCAAGAAUGGAAGGCAAAAGCAGAAGCGAGCCGUCAAGAGAGAGAAAGACAACGAAAAUUAAAAAUUGUCCAGUCAACGCCAAGGAUAUCUUAUCGCAUUAGAAGUUACAAAACCAUCACCGUUGUGACCAUUUUAGCUUUGGGAAUAUAUGCUUUCAUACGAUCUUCGACAGGGCUUAACUGACAUUAAGAGAUAUUAUUUGUUGUAACAAAUUCGAAUUUUUUUACAUAUUUUCUAAAAUAUAGACCCUCCACUUCUUUGAUAUAUCGCUGAGAUUUGGAACAAAGAUUUCAAAGUAGUAAGAUUGUAUAAAAGCAAGCACCAAAGAAAUUAAGGAGCAAGGAGUAAUGUGUUGCUAGGAAUAAUUGAGAAAGGUUUGGUUAUCAAUAUUUGAGUAAAUCUGUUCUAGGACACAUGAGUCAGAAUCUUGUGCAUUCCUACGCUGCCUUUAUGCUGUGUUCUGGAAGUUCAAGGUUGACCUGAACUUUUUAAUAUGUUUAAAAAAAAUCACAAAUAUAUAAAAAUUUAGAGGACAGCAACAAUUUCAAAUAUUCAGAAUUGCUAAAAGUUUGGACCUAAAUGAGAUAUCUAAUAAAACGUAUACAAAAGUUUUGUGCAUGAUAUGUAUAUUGAUUAUAAUUAUGUUACAAUCUGUGAUUAGAAGAAAUUUUAUCUAUUUGUAAUUAUAUAUACAUUUGCCAAGA